GUUUUAUAUAAUCUCAUUUGAUGAACAAUUUAAAAAAAUAAUUGCAACCAAACAAAGUUUUGUUUUGUAUUUGUAUUUAUUAUAAAGUGAUUAUUUAUUUUAUUUAUUUGUUAUUAAAUUUUAAUUUGUUUGUAAAACUGAUAACUUUUUCAAAAUGAGAACUACAUAUGAUGACAUCAAUUGUUUGCAAUUUAGCAAACUGUCAAUCAAUUCACCAAAAAAUUUACGUAAAGAGUAUGGGAGUGACACACAAACAUCGGUAGCUAACGGUGCCCAUCAUCGCAGUAGUAGUGUAUUGCCACGCAUUGAGUUCCCAACACAUAAGUUUGAAAAAUACCUUAAUAUGGGCGACGGAUAUCAAGAUAUCAAGUCUAAAAAGUUUAACAAAUAAAUUAAAUUAAAUAUUAUUAUGUAAUUAUAUGAUAUUUU